AUGAUUCCAAUACACGUUGGACAGUGCGGAAACCGAAUGGGCAAAGCGUUAGUUGAAGAAUUGUGUACGGAUCAUGGUAUUGGCAAAGAAAUCUUCUCAGUUCAGAACGACAUGCUGGAUGGACGAGAAUUGUUUUUUGAUUUGGUAAGUUGAGUUUGCUUGGUCUUUGUCGAUCUUUAUGUAAGAGCGUACUAUCAUUAUGCGUCAUAAGAGAUUUCUUUACAAACUAUAAAGGGGGCAAAAACUUUCUUUACAAAUCCAAAGAAGAUGGCUUUUCUAUAUAAAUAGCUUGUGUGUGACAAGUACACGAUUAAACUAGUUUUUGGACGAAAAAGCAUUGAAAGCGGUAAUAAUUUUUUUCCAAAGUACAAAAAUAUUGCUUUUUGGUUUUUACGCAAAAAUUUUCUUUACAAAGCUUAAAAUGGCAAGAACUUUCUUUACAAAACACAAAAUGGCAAAAACUUUCUUUACAAAACAAUUUUUCUUUAAAUUCAAUAACUUUUUCAGAGCGACUCGGGAAGGUAUAUAUACCGGGGUAUAAUGGCUGACUUGGAGCCCCGAGUACUAUCAAUGAUUCAGGCCAGUGAAUACGGUGGUGUCUACAACCCAGAAAACGUCUACUUGGCCAGUGACGGUGGUGGAUCAGGAAACACAUAUUCAGGUGGAUACAACAAAUGCUCCGAAGCCAUGAAGUCUUUAAUGGACAUCGUACAACGGGAAGCCGAAGCGUCGGACAAAAUUGAAAGUUUCAUGUUGACCCACUCGGUUAGCGGAGGAACCGGUAGCGGGAUGGGCUCGCGAUUGUUGGAGUCGCUCAGGGAUGCGUAGGUUUUUUAUUACCUAAAACGACAUUUUUUGAUUUAAAAUGAAUAUAUUUGUCAAAAAGUGAUAUUUUGCACUGAAAGUUUGAAAAACGGCAUUUUCUACCUAAAAAUGACAAUUAUAACCUGACCUUAUUUUAGGUACUGGGUUUUUUGUUUUUAAUUGGCAUUUGUUACCUAAAAAAAGAGAUUUUUUGAUCUAAAUUGACAUUUUUGGUAAACAAUGGCAUUUACUACCUAAAAGCGACAUGUUUGUCAUAAUAUGACAUUCGUUACCUAAAAAUGACAUUUUUAGAUGUAAAAUGGAUAUUUUUGUCAAAAAAUGACAUUUUACACUAAAAAAGUUUGAAAAAUGGUAUUUGUUACCUAAAAAUGACAUUUUUAGGUCUAAAAUGGAUAUUUUUGUCAAAAAAAUGACAUUUUACACUAAAAAAGUUUGAAAAAUGGUAUUUGUUACCUAAACAUAAAAUUUUUGUUAAAAAAUGCCAUUUGGCGAAAAAAAAAUGAAAAAUGGGAUUUGUUACCUAAAAAUGACAUUUUUUGAUCUAAAAUGGAUAUUUUUGUCAAAAAAUGACAUUUUACAAUAAAAAAUUUUGAAAAAUGGCAUUUGUUACCUAAAAAUGAUAUUUUUAGAUCUAAAAUGGAUAUUUUCGUCAAAAAACGACAUUUUAAACUAAAAAAGUUUGAAAAAUGGUAUUUGUUACCUAAAAACGAAAUGUUUGUCAUAAUAUGACAUUUGUUACCUAAAAAUGACAUUUUUUGAUUUAAAUUGACAUUUUUGGGAAACAAUGUCUUUUUUCGUCAUAUAAAAGUGCAAAAAUGAUAUUUCUAAUUUGACCUUAUUUCAGAUAUCCCAAGAAGAUGGUCCAAACCUACUCAGUUUUCCCGGUCAAAGACGAAUCUAAUAAUGUCCUCCAGACAUACAACGCAAUGCUGGCAGUAUCUCAGCACACAUUAUACGCAGAUAUGGUGACGGUAGUGGAUAACAAGGCUUUGAGCCAAAUGGGCACUACCUUCGAAGACAUGAACAAAGUGGUUUCUGAAAUAAUGAACAUGGCUACAGCACCAAUAAGGAAUGGUAGUACAUCGUGUGAUACCUUCAUGGAACAAGUUGUAGAACUGUGCCCAUUUCAGCCCGUACACUUUAUUGGUACCGGUAAGUGGUGGGACGGGGAGUAUGGUAGAGUUAAGCAGGGUAAAGCAAAGUGGGGUUAUACGGGAGAGCAGGAUAAGGCAGAGUAUAGUGGGUUAGAAUAG